GGCGGGGCAGAGGUGGUUGACCCCUGAGCGCACGCGCAGCGUCUAGGCGGGAAGCUGGGAUUGGGGGUGUGUGCGGGCAAUCUGGGACCUACGCAGGUAGCGCUUGCUUCAGCUUUAGGUUAUCGAAGUUGGACGUAUUAACGCAGCUGAAGAUUCUGACACUGCUUUGCGGCGCGUGCGCGGGUCCUGGGUUAGGUGAUGUUCUUGUCUAGGUUCUGAGGGUUACUAGGUCGGUGGAAGACACGCUGUGGGCGGAAGUAUUGAGGGGGAGGGUUCUCAGAAUCCCUCCUCCCCUUGUCCAAGGCUAGGCCUAGUUAGUGGAGGAGGACUUGAGGACCCCCGGGUUGAUGAAGUACUCAUUUUAAGAUUCUGGUUCCUGGAGGAGAGGGACUGUGUCAUUGUCCCUAUACCCUUGAGCAGGUGUUUGAAUAGGAAGCACAAGGUUAGAGGUGAGAUCCUAGGCACCUGACUCUGGGAUCCUGGAGCAGGCACUGCUCUUGCAGGCCUGGAGGCCCCCUGAGUGGUGAAGACACCGGGCGGGAGUUGCAGAUUCUUGCCCUUGGAGAGGCAGUGUUGCUCCAGCGAACCCUCAGUGGGAAUGGCUGAUAGACUGCAGACUCUCAGGUGGAAGGAAGGACCAGGGCCUAGAGGCAGGAUCUAGCCAAAGUGCUCCCUGCACAUGCGGGGGGAGUCGGGUGAGGUGGUUCCGAAUGGGAACCACCCGAAUGGGAAUUCCGAAUGGGAAUUUGGACUAGUAAUCUUGGGUCUCAUGUAGGCUCGUGCAGAGCCCUAGGGCAUUUAGGUUUGGUGGAGACACAUUGGAGGUAUAGAAUUGGAGCCCAGGAAGGACAGAGUUGCAGCAGCUGUCUUCACAUGGGCAGCUGUGUGGGAGUGAAUCAGGAUGCUGCCAGCAUGAUUAUGAAGUAGGUGUUCCCGGGACCUCUGCUCAGGGGCUACUCUGCUUGCAGGCAUGAGCAUGCCCAGGUUGGUAAAGGGACAGGGACUGUGCUGCAGAUUUGAACUUGGAAGGGGCUGUAUUCAGCAUGGCACCUAGGUGUUCACGUUUGGGUGGGAGGAAGUGGGAUGUCCCAUUUCCCCUGGGAGCUGGUAUCUCACAGACUUGACAACUCUCAGGCCAGUGCCCAAGUCCUGGGGCUGCUUUUGGAGCUUUGUGCUUGAGCUGCUGUUCGGAUGUUUGGAUGUUUUUGCGGCAAGAAGGCAGUGGACGCAGGUGACCCCUCACAGAGACUUGCAGGUGCCAUCUGUGUGUCAGCUGGGUUGAGGCACAGAAGGGGAAAUACGUCAAUAGAUUCUCAUCUGAAGAGCAGGGACUGCAUAGGACCUGUAGGCUGGUGGAGGGCCAGGUUCUGGAUACAGGUUUGGGGCAUGAGUCUCCUCUGUGGAUGCCAGCAAGAGGAAGGAACCUGGGUGGGUGGCCUCUGCGCAGUGGCCCCUUCAAAGAGAGCCAGGAUAGACCCCUGGGAGUGCAGGCCUUGGGGCCCCAUUUUGGAGGUACAGGUUCUGAUCUUGGGGCAGCUCCAGCUGCAGUUUGCACAUGCACUGGCGUUUGGGCAGAAUGGAGAGGUGUGGGCAGUCCCAGGGCCCGGGUACUGGCUGAGGAUGCUCGGGUGAGUAGAGGGCACAGCUGCAGAUUCUGGGCUGCAGAGGGGUAAGAUGUAAGGCUGCACCAGGUCUCUCCGCACACACACAGGUGUUUGGGUGAGAAACAAGAGGCUGGAGUAUUAGACAAAGGUGCUGGAGUCUUUGUGCAGAUGGCACUCAAGUCACAGCCUGGGGAUGUCCAGCUCAGGACCCGAGGGAGGAGAGCAUGGAAGAGCAGGAUGAGAAGCCCCCAGUGCCCCUGGAGGCCUGUGUGCAGGACUCUAUCCUUCCUCAAAAAAUGAUCAUCAAGGUUGAGAGAGAAGAUGCUGGGUCACUGGCCAUCCCAUCCCAGGAAGGAGGGAACUUCAAAAUUGUGACUGUGGACUUCAUUCAGGAAGAGGACAUUUUGACUCCCGCUGAGAGGACUCUGGACAGAGAUGUGAUCCUGGAGAACCACAGGGACUUGGACUCUUGGGACUUGGCAACUGCACUUGGAAGAAGAGAGUCAACAUCAAAACAGAGAAGUUUUGAUGAUGAACCAUCCCAUGGAGUGAAGUUAGAAGGGUUGGCAAGAGAUGAUCUUUGGUUAUCUUCAGGUGAAGAAGUUUGGAUUUGUAAGGACCAGUUGGAGAAGCAACAAGAAAAACCAGAAAGAAUUUUAAAGAAAGUGGCAUUCACUCAAAAGAAUGCUAUUACUCAUGAGAGAGUCUGCAAAAGUGAUGAACUUGAGAAGGGUGGUCUGAAUUCCAGCCUUCUUUCACCCAAGAUGACACCCAUGAGAAACCAUUUUCACAAACAUGCCUCACAUGUUAAAAAAUUACAUCAUUCAGUUAUGAAUAGUCAUCAGAUAACUGAUGACAGUGAGAAACUAUGUGAAAAUAAUGAAUGUGGAAAAAAACUGCAGAGCAUUCACCUUAUUCAGUUUACAAGAACUCAAACAGAAGAUAAAUCUUAUAGAUUUAGCAACAGUAUCCAGUCUUUUAGCCAUGGUAUGCCCCUAAAUAUACAUGAGAAAAUACAUGCCAGAGGGAAAUCCUUUGAUUUUAAGGAAUAUGGGCAAGUUUUGAACCAUAGCAUAUCCCAUAAUGAACAGCAGAGAAUUCCUGUUGAAGAGAGACAAUAUAAAUGUAGUAAAAUCUCCCAGAAUUCAUCGCUUGCUUCAAACAUGAGAAAUUCUGAAGAAAAACCCUUUGAAUGUAACCAGUGCGGGAAAUCCUUCAGCUGGAGCUCUCAUCUUGUUGCACAUCAGAGAACUCAUACGGGGGAGAAACCUUAUGAAUGUAAUGAGUGUGGGAAAUCCUUCAGCCGGAGUUCUCACCUUGUUUCCCAUCAGAGAACUCAUACUGGAGAGAAACCUUAUAGAUGUAAUCAGUGUGGGAAAUCCUUUAGCCAGAGCUAUGUCCUUGUUGUGCAUCAGAGAACUCAUACUGGAGAGAAGCCUUAUGAGUGCAGUCAGUGUGGAAAGUCAUUCAGGCAGAGCUACAAGCUUAUUGCACAUCAAAGAACUCAUACCGGAGAGAAGCCCUAUGAAUGUAAUCAAUGUGGGAAAUCAUUUAUCCAGAGCUAUAAACUUAUUGCACAUCAAAGAAUUCAUACUGGAGAAAAACCCUAUGAAUGCAACCAAUGUGGAAAGUCUUUUAGUCAGAGUUACAAACUUGUUGCCCAUCAGAGAACUCACACAGGAGAAAAGCCCUUUGAAUGUAAUCAGUGUGGGAAAUCCUUUAGCUGGAGCUCUCAACUUGUUGCACAUCAGAGAACUCAUACUGGAGAGAAACCCUAUGAAUGUAACGAGUGUGGAAAAUCUUUCAACCGCAGUUCUCAUCUUGUUAUGCAUCAGAGAACUCAUACAGGAGAAAAACCCUAUGAAUGUAAUCAGUGUGGGAAGUCUUUCAGCCAGAGUUACGUUCUUGUUGUACAUCAGCGAACUCAUACUGGAGAAAAGCCCUAUGAAUGCAGUCAGUGUGGGAAAUCCUUCAGACAGAGUUCCUGCCUUACUCAACAUCAGAGAACUCAUACUGGAGAGAAACCUUAUGAGUGUAAUCAGUGUGGGAAAACAUUCAGUUUGAGUGCUCGACUUAUUGUACAUCAAAGAACACAUACUGGAGAGAAACCCUUUACAUGUAAUCAAUGUGGGAAAGCUUUUAUUAACAGCUCUAAACUUAUUAGACAUCAGGCAACUCAUACUGAAGAAAAACCUUAUGAAUGCAAAUAGUUUGGAAAUUUUUUAGCCAGAGUCUAUUCCUUUCUUCCUCCCUCCCUCCCUCCCAUCUAAGGAAGCACAUGUAUGGGAAAGAACAUGUAUAAAAAUAAUGUAUGUGGAAAAGCUUUCAGUUAGCCCUCUGCUAUUAUGUAUCUGGAAAUUUCUCCUGGAGAAGAAAUGGGGGACUGUGGAUCAUACAUCUUACUUAGCAAUUCCAUGUGCAAAAUCAAACUUAGUCUUUUGUUUAAGACUAAAGACUUAGUCUUUUGUUUAAUGAGACAUUUUAAACAAAAGUAAUAAAUAUUGGCACUUUUCCUUGCAGAAAGCACUUAGAAUUACCAUGACCAUUAAAUGAACAGCAUGCCGUGGAGUGAUUGCCAGUGAGGUAGACCUCUUUUCCAAUAAAGAGUAAAUGAGAAUGCUAACACUGUGGUGGUGUUGAGAAGUUUGAAAAUUGUAGUUGUUAGGAAUUAGGCUGAAAAACAGUAGUUCAGUUAUCUUAAAACAUGAUUUCCCCACUAACUACUUUGUAUUCUCUUUCAUACAGCACUUUCUCUUACAUGUGAAGAUGUUGUAAAAAUUAGGAAAAUGGCUAUGAUACAAAGUGGAAAAUGCAGGAUGGAAUUUAGAACAUUCAUUUCUCAAACCAUUGUCAUAAGAUAUUUGUGUUGUGAAUCAGAAUUAAAAGGGAUUCUAGGUAUUUCUAUUUGAUUUUUAGGUUUAUGCCUGGUCUUUUCUUUUUCAG